AUGGGAGAUCCUGAGAUGAUCGAGAUAUCCGAUGAAGCAGAUGAUAACCAAAGUACUAGUGAUGGAAGUAAAGACAUUCGAUCUAAAAGCUCUUCUCCGAAGGCGUCAUGCUUGUUCUUAGACUUGAAUGCAGAAGCAAGUAGUGAUGAUCAUGAGAAUGCUUCAAACAAUGUUAAAGCUGGGGGAAGCAGAAUAUCUACAGAAGGGAAAGAACAGACCGCAACCAGCAAUAGUGGUGCAGUCAGGCAAUAUGUUCGAUCCAAAAUGCCAAGGCUUCGUUGGACUCCUGAUCUCCAUCUAGCAUUCAUUCAUGCCGUUGAGAGGCUAGGAGGACAAGAACGAGCAACUCCAAAAUUAGUUCUACAAUUGAUGAAUGUGAGAGGACUAAGCAUUGCUCACGUCAAGAGUCAUCUGCAGAUGUAUCGAAGUAAGAAGCUCGAUGAGUCCGGCCAAGUGUUACCUCAGUUCCAUAGAUCAAGAGGAAUCUUGUUGCAAGGAAGAGACCAGGUUGUGGAAGCCUAUCAACAGUUCAAUCCUUACAGCAGGCACUUCAGAUUUCAUGGCAGAGGAAGCCAAUUUCCUUCUCCACCAUCAAAACAUCACCCCUAUGAUAAUUUGAAUGCCAACUGUUCAAGGUUGAUUUCACAAUGGAGCAAUCCUGGAAUGGAGAACAAUCGGAGUAUCAAUACAAUUACAAGCUCACACAUCAUUAGUGUAAAUGAAGCCAUGACAAGAGUUCAUGCACCUAUUAGACCCAGCCGGUUUCUUGAAGAUAAGAGAUGGCCUCCCCGUGAGAUGAUUGGAAACCACAACAAAGGCAUGAGACAUUCUCUAAACAUUUCUUGGGGUAAUACCAUCCAUGUCGCACAACCUAAAUCAGUUGGGAGCCCCCAGGCAAGCUCCAACCAACAUCUACCGACCAAUACUACUACAUGUAGUCCAAAGUUCAUCUCCAGCAUCUAUGAACCUUUAUCUGAUCCUCUUGAGGUUCGGAAACCUGAUGAAAGCAUAAAUGGAGAAACAUAUCGAGCAGAAGUUGGUGAUAAUAUGCAAGCAACGAAACAAAAGAAAUGGCUACCUUUGAAUUUACAGUUGAGUUUGCGGCAAGAUUUCAGUAUUUGCAGUGACGAAAUGAAGGAUGGAGAGCAAGAAAGCAUGAAAGACAUUGAAACAACGCUUUCUCUUUCUUUAUCAUCGUCUUCACCAAGAAGGCAACAAGAUCAAUCCAGUACACCCACAUCAAGAGUUCGACUCUUGUCAUCAUUUCCUCUCUCUGGAAGCCUUAAACCUACUUAA